AGGCAGGAGGAGGGGGGCGGCGAUACUGAUCCACCAUGAUGCAGCAGCAUCAACCUCCGCCAGUCCCACUGCAAUCGCAGACCGCCGGAACCCCAGCCGGAGUGCAGGUCCGCUGCGCUGGCUGCGGCAAGAUCCUGACUUUGGACGCAGGGGUCACCGAAUUCGCCUGCGACGCCUGCCAAUUGCCCCAAAUGUUGCCGCCCGAGCUGAUGACCCGAGCCCAGGCUUAUGCCCAGGCCCGCGCUCCGCCUCCGCUGCCACCCCCGCCGCCCCAUGUUGCGCCUCACGGCGUUGAUCCUUCGAAGAUCCAGCUUCCCUGCGCUAAUUGCAAGGCCAUCCUUAACGUGCCUCAUGGCCUCGCGAGGUUCCGGUGCCCUCAGUGCCAAGUUGACCUGGCUGUUGAUGUCUCGAAGCUCCAGCAGUUCUUCCCGCCCCGUCUGCCCCUGCCUCUUCCACCCGAGGAGGUCAAUGAGGUCGCCAUCGAAGUAGAGCGAGAAGAGGAUGAAGGUGGCAUGGCAGGAGAAACAUUUACAGACUAUCGCCCUCCAAAACUAUCCAUUGGUCCUCCUCAUCCAGAUCCUGUUGUGGAAACAUCGUCCUUGGCUGCUGUGCAGCCACCUGAGCCCACUUAUGAUCUGAAAAUCAAGGAUGAUUUGGAAAAUUUAAAGGCUUUGUCAUGUUUACAGAUUGAGACAUUGGUCUAUGCUUGUCAGAGACACCUGCAACAUCUUCCAAGUGGUGAGAGGGCAGGAUUCUUCGUUGGGGAUGGAGCUGGUGUGGGGAAAGGUCGAACAAUAGCAGGGUUAAUAUGGGAGAAUUGGCACCGUGGGAUGAGGAAAGCAGUGUGGGUUUCUGUUGGUUCAGACUUGAAGUUUGAUGCGAGAAGAGACUUAGAUGAUGUAGGUGCAAUUUGCAUUGAAGUACACGCCUUGAACAAGCUGCCUUAUUCCAAACUUGAUUCUAAGUCUGUUGGCGUCAAGGAGGGCGUUGUUUUUCUGACAUACAGCAGCCUCAUUGCAUCCUCUGAGAAAGGUCGUUCACGUAUGGGGCAGCUUGUGCAGUGGUGUGGACCAGGAUUUAAUGGUCUUGUUGUAUUUGAUGAGUGCCACAAGGCCAAAAAUCUGGUGCCUGAAUCUGGAAGUCAGCCAACACGUACUGGUGAAGCAGUUCUUGAAAUUCAGGCUAAGCUUCCUGAAGCUCGUGUUAUUUAUUGUUCAGCAACUGGUGCAUCCGAACCACGAAAUUUGGGUUACAUGGUACGCCUUGGUCUUUGGGGCCCUGGAACAUCUUUUUCUGAUUUCCGUGAAUUUCUAGGUGCUCUUGAGAAAGGAGGCGUUGGAGCACUUGAACUUGUUGCCAUGGAUAUGAAAGCAAGGGGGAUGUAUGUAUGCCGUACUCUUAGCUACAAAGGGGCAGAGUUUGAAGUUGUUGAAGCACCGCUAGAAGCUGAAAUGAUGGACAUGUACGGAAAAGCAGCAGAAUUUUGGACAGAACUGCGACAGGAUAUACUAACUGCAUCUGAAUUUCUUGCUAAUGAAAAGCCUGUUUCUAGUCAAGUGUGGCGAUUAUAUUGGGCCAGCCAUCAGCGUUUCUUUAGACACAUGUGCAUGUCAGCUAAGGUGCCGGCUGCAGUAAGACUAGCUAAACAAGCAUUGAUGGAUGGCAAGUGUGUGGUUAUUGGCCUUCAGAGUACUGGAGAGGCGCGAACUGAGGAAGCUGUGACCAAAUAUGGUCUUGAACUUGAUGAUUUUAUUUCCGGACCUCGAGAACUUUUACUGAAAUUUGUUGAGGAAAAUUAUCCCUUGCCUGAAAAGCCUGAACCUCUGAAAGGAGAAGAUAGUGUGAAGGAGCUGCAGCGGAAGAGGCACUUAGCAACUCCUGGUGUGUCAAUGAAAGGGAGAGUGAGGAAAGUUGCAAAAUGGAAACCUGCAAGUGAUGAUGAAAGUGAUGAAGAAUCUGAAACUGAUUCUGCUCAGGAAUCUACUGAAUCUGACGAUGAGUUUCAAAUUUGUGAAAUUUGCCAAUCUGAGGAGGAACGAAAGAAACUGCUUCAUUGUUCCUGUUGUGGGCAACUGGUCCAUGCUGCGUGUCUUAUCCCACCUGUGACAGAUGAAGUAUCAGUAGACUGGUCAUGCCAUUCAUGCAAGGAAAAGACAGAUGAAUUUUUGAAAAGAAGACAAGAGUAUAUAGCUGUUCUUACGAAGAGGUAUGAAGAAGCUUUGGCUCGUAAGUUAAACAUAUUGGAGAUAGUUCGUUCUUUGGAUCUUCCAAACAAUCCUUUGGAUGAUAUCAUUGAUCAGCUUGGAGGCCCUGAUAAAGUAGCAGAAAUGACUGGAAGGCGAGGUAUGCUUGUGAGGGCAUCUGGUGGAAAGGGCGUUACCUAUCAGGCACGGAACACGAAGGAAAUUUCCAUGGAGAUGGUAAACAUGCAUGAGAAGCAGCUUUUCAUGGAUGGCAAGAAGUUGGUUGCCAUAAUUUCUGAAGCUGGAUCUGCUGGUGUGUCUUUGCAGGCAGAUAGAAGAGCUACAAAUCAGAGACGAAGGGUACAUCUUACUCUGGAACUUCCUUGGAGUGCUGAUCGAGCGAUUCAACAGUUUGGAAGAACUCAUCGGUCAAAUCAAGCCUCUGCUCCUGAAUACAGGCUUAUCUUUACUAACCUUGGUGGAGAGCGUCGAUUUGCAUCCAUCGUAGCAAAGAGAUUAGAAUCUCUUGGAGCACUAACACAGGGUGACCGCAGGGCAGGGCUAUCAUUGAGUGCCUAUAACUACGAUAGUGCUUAUGGAAAGAAGGCCUUGAUGUUGAUGUAUAGAGGAAUCAUGGAGCAGGAUUCUCUGCCUGUUGUGCCGCUAGGAUGUUCAUCAGAAAAACCGGAAACAAUCCAAGAUUUUGUUGAGAAGGCUAAAGCUGCUCUUGUUCUUGUAGGAAUAGUUAGGGAUGCUCAUGGGAAAGAUCAUGGCAGGCUUGUUGGCCGUAUAAUUGAAUCAGAUAUGCAUGAUGUUGGACGUUUCCUCAAUCGGAUUUUAGGAGUACCGCCUGAUAUACAGAAUAGGCUGUUUGAGUGUUUUGUUAGCAUUUUCGAUCAUAUUGUCCAUAAUGCACGCAUUGAAGGGAAUCUGGACUCUGGGAUUGUUGAUAUGAAAGCUAAUGUUAUAGAGCUACAAGGAACUCCAAAGACUGUUUAUGUAGAUCAAAUGUCUGGAGCUUCGACAGUGCUUUUUACAUUUACCCUGGAUCGUGGGGUCACGUGGGAGUCUGCGAGUGCCAUGCUUGAAGAGAAACAAAAGGAUGGACUUGGUUCUGCCAAUGAUGGGUUCUAUGAAUCUAGGAGGGAAUGGUUGGGAAGACGUCAUGUCAUAUUAGCCUUUGAGAGUUCUACUUCCGGAUUGUACAAGAUAGUCCGUCCUGCGGUGGGAGAGUCAGUAAGAGAAAUGCCUCUGUCAGAGCUAAAAAGCAAAUACAGAAAAACAUCAACAUUAGAGAAGGCUCGUCGUGGCUGGGAAGAUGAAUAUGAAGUUUCGUCCAAACAGUGCAUGCAUGGACGCAAUUGUAAGCUUGGCAACUUCUGUACUGUUGGCAGAAGACUGCAGGAAGUAAAUGUAUUAGGUGGCCUAAUUCUUCCCGUCUGGGGCACUAUUGAGAAGGCUCUUUCUAAGCAGCAACGGCAAAGCCACAAGCGACUACGUGUUGUGCGUAUAGAAACCACGACAGAUAACCGCAGAAUCGUUGGUCUCUCUGUCCCAAAUGCAGCAGUGGAAUCCGUACUUCAAGAUUUUGCAUGGGUUCAAGAAAUUGACGACUGAGAUGACGCAGUAGUCUGGUUGUAAAUUUUGCCAAGUUGCUAUGCUACUCUACGCCGUGAUAAUCUUGGAAGCACAUGAAUAGUUCCAGAACGAAGGCAGAAGCCAAAUACCCAAGAAAUAGAAAAAGCGAAGAUGAUUUUUCUGCACAUCGUAAUGACCCCGUGCAGUCAUUGAUUUUGAUUUUAUUUGUUUCUCGACCUCCAUUGCUAAUCUGUUUUGUUUUUUUUUUUUUUUUGCCCUAUUUAUUUUGUAUAUCACCGACGACGUUUUACGGCAUUGGAGGUUAGAUUUAGUAGGCUCUCUUGGUCAUUAGUUUUGCCGCAAUCAAUUUGUAUCACUAUCAUACAGUUAAUUCAAAUGGUAGAGGAAAUAGAAAAUUCCCCGUUUUGUUCAA